UACAUCUGUGCUAUGGGUGCUACGAAGGUAGAGCACCCGACCAAGUGUAACCGCUACUACGACUGCUCUGCAUACACCGGCGGCGACAGCAGCGUCUACCCCGCCUACCUAAAGGAGUGCGACUACCCCGACCUCUUCUCCACCGUCAGCCUGCGGUGCCAGCCCCACACCACCGUGUCCUGUGGGGUGCGGACAGAGACAAAGCGGCCGUGUGACUACAAGCUUUCGUGCCCCGACCCUCCUUGCGCCACCUGCCAAGACAACAACUUCGCCAGCUGUGUCGGUCUUCCCGACGGCAAGAACGUCUUCAAAACCAGAGAGGGUUCACCCCAUUACGUCACUUGUCAAGGGGAGAGAACUGCCGCUCUGCAGAUUUGUGGUACGGACGGACUGUUUUAUACGGAGUUCUCGCCCACCACGAGGCAGUGUGAAGUCAGGGUCCCCCUUUCCUAGACCUCUCUAACCUUGAGACAAAGUAAUGUGUCUGCAGAUAAACUUUCAAAGGUCAUUUGAAAAUAUCUAAUCAAUAAACCGUACAUGU